AUGUGGAUGCGAGUUUCUGGAGGAGGAGGACUGUUGAAAGGCCCCUUGACUCAUCCUCCGCAGUUUGCGCGCCGCACUCCCAGAACCUUCCAUUAUCCUCCCCGCCACUUUCCCCUCAUCACCCAUCCAACACCCUCUCUCCUGUUCGCCAGGAUGGCUUCUGAUACUAGUCGUCCCGAGUGGACUGCUCCUCGAGUCAGAGAGACCUUUUUGGAAUAUUUCAAGCAAAAUGGCCAUACUUUUGUCCCCUCCUCGCCGGUCGCUCCCUUGUCGGAUCCGACUCUGCUCUUCACCAAUGCUGGAAUGAACCAGUAUAAGUCUAUCUUCCUGGGUACUGUCGACCCGCAGUCAGACUUUGCAAAGCUGCGACGCGCAGUGAACUCUCAGAAGUGCAUUCGCGCUGGUGGUAAACACAAUGAUCUUGACGAUGUCGGCAAGGACAGUUAUCAUCACACUUUCUUCGAAAUGUUGGGCAACUGGAGUUUCGGCGACUACUUCAAGAAGGAGGCGAUUACCUAUUCGUGGACUCUUCUCACCGAAGUCUAUGGACUGAACCCCGAUCGUCUAUACGUCACAUAUUUCGAGGGCGACGAAGCCGGUGGUCUCGAGCCCGAUCUCGAGGCCAGAGAUCUUUGGAAGUCUGUGGGUGUCCCGGAAUCCCACAUUCUCCCGGGCAACAUGAAAGAUAACUUCUGGGAAAUGGGUGACCAAGGCCCGUGUGGACCUUGCAGUGAAGUUCACUACGAUCGCAUCGGCGGCCGCAACGCGGCAUCCCUCGUGAACCAGGAUGAUCCGAAUGUGCUGGAGAUCUGGAACAACGUGUUCAUCCAGUACAACCGCGAGUCAGACCGCUCCUUGAGGUCCCUACCUAACAAGCACGUCGACACCGGUAUGGGCUUUGAGCGCCUGGUGUCCGUUCUCCAGGACAAGCCCUCCAACUACGACACGGACGUUUUCACCCCCAUCUUCCAGGCCAUUCAGAACGCAACCGGCGCCCGCGAAUACCGCGGUCGUUUUGGUGCCGAAGACCCGGACGGCAUCGACACUGCGUACCGUGUGGUCGCCGAUCAUGUGCGCACUUUGAUGUUUGCCAUCUCUGACGGAGUGGCCCCUAACAACGAGGGCCGUGGCUACGUGAUCCGUCGGGUGCUGCGCCGUGGAGCCCGAUACGCUCGUAAAUACUUCCAGGUCGAAAUCGGUAACUUCUUCUCGAAACUCGUGCCAACGGUCGUGGAUCAGCUCGGUGAAAUGUUCCCGGAGCUGAUCAAGAAACAGCACGACGUGAUGGAGAUUCUUGAUGAAGAGGAGUUGUCAUUUGCCAAGACUCUGGAUCGAGGCGAGCGUCAAUUCGAGCAGUAUGCCCAGCACGCCAAACUCAAGGGUUCCGACAAACUUCACGGUGCGGAUGUGUGGAGACUGUACGACACUUUCGGUUUCCCUGUCGACCUGACGCAGAUCAUGGCGGAAGAGCGUAGUCUCCGCAUCGACGAUGCUGAGUUUGAAGAAGCCCGCUUGAAGGCCAAAGAAGCUAGCAAGGGUCAGAAGAAGGCCGCCGAAAAUGUGGUCAAGCUUGAUGUCCAUGAUCUCGGAAAGUUGGAGAAAAUGAGCGACGUGCACAAGACGGACGACUCCGCGAAAUUUGGAAGGGGCAAUAUUACGGCUAACAUCAAGGCCAUUUACCAUGGGAAGCACUUCUACGAGAGCACCGACAAGGCUCCCAGUGGCGAACAACUUGGUGUCAUUCUUGACUGCACCAACUUCUACGCCGAGCAGGGUGGUCAAGAGGCCGACACUGGUCGGAUUGUCAUUGAUGGCCAGGCCGAGUUGGAGGUUGGCGACGUCCAAGUUUACGCUGGUUACGUCCUGCACACUGGCUUCAUGAAGUAUGGAUCCCUUUCAGUGGGUGAUGCCGUGAUCUGUGAAUACGAUGAGCUUCGUCGCUGGCCUAUCCGGAAUAACCACACUGGUACCCAUAUCCUGAACUUUGCCCUUCGUGAGGUUCUCGGAGUUGGUGUUGAGCAAAAGGGUUCUCUGGUCUCGGCUGAGAAGCUUCGUUUCGACUUUUCUCACAAGGCUGCUGUGUCUGAUGCCGAUCUGGAGCAGAUUGAGGCCAAGGCUACUGGGUACAUCAGACAGAACUGUGCUGUCUACUCCAAGGAGCUUCCCCUUGCCACCGCUCAGCAGAUUUCUGGUGUCCGUGCUGUCUUUGGUGAGACGUACCCGGACCCUGUCCGGGUCGUGUCCGUUGGUGUUGAAUUGGAAGAGAUCCUGCGGGAUGUCAAGGAUCCCCAAUGGGAGAAAGUCAGCAUUGAGUUCUGUGGUGGAACCCACGUUCAGAAGACCGGCGACAUCAAGGAUUUGAUUGUACUUGAAGAAAGUGGUAUCGCCAAGGGCAUUCGUCGUAUUAUCGCUGUCACCGGCGAAGAGGCCCACGAGGUCCAGCGACUUGCUCAAGAGUUUGAGGCCCGCCUUGACAAGCUGGAUGCUAUGCCCCUCGGCCCUGAGAAGGAGCGAGAGUGCAAGCAAGUGCAGGUUGAUCUCAACCAGCUUGUGAUCUCCGCAGUUCGGAAGGCGCAGUUCCGCGUACGCUUCACCGCGAUCAACAAGCAGGUCCUGGAUGGCCAGAAAGCACAACAGAAGUUGGAAUCUAAGAUGGCCCUGGAAGCCAUCACGUCCUACUUUGAGGCCCCAGAGAACCAGAACUCCUCGUCGCUCGUUGUCAAGCUUCCCAUGCCUGCAAGCGCCAAGGCCGUCAGCGAAUCUAUCAAUCACGUCAAGUCGAAGAUGCAAAACAAGAAUGUCUAUGUGAUGGCAGUUGAUCCCGAAAACACCCGGGUUGCACAUGGUUGCUACGUGUCCAAGGAACUCGGAGAGCUAGGAGGGUCGGCGAGCGAUUGGGCUGCCGUUGUUUCCAGCAGCAUCGGCGGAAAAGCCGGUGGAAAGGGCGCGACCUCGAUCGGCAAUGGCACGAACCCGGACAAGGUCGAUGAUGCUGUCGCGCUUGCAACCGAAUACUUGAGCAAAUUCAAGCUAUAG